UAUAUAUUCAAGAGGAAUGGCGAACUGAUAAUAUAAAAAGGUGCUCCAGUUUUAUUCCGUACUGAUAGUUUAGAUAAUGGCCGUGUUCGGAUUCAGUUUAAUUGCUUUAACUGUGAUAACAUUAUGUUGUGCAUUAAAAUUAUCGACUUUCGAUAUAAAUCCAGAGCCGAUACCUAUUCUGGGUCACUGGUGGGGUUCCGAAGCCGUUAACGAGAACAACAAGAUCGUGGGAGGACAAGAGGCCUGGAUAGAGGACCAUCCCUAUCAGGUUUCCUUCAUAGUGAACAACUCCUACUUCUGCGGAGGAUUCAUUGUCAGCGAGAUAUACAUACUCACGGCAGCUCAUUGCGCUCAGGAUGUGGACCCAAAAACAGUGGUACUUCGAGCUGGAAGCGCCUCUCGGAAGAAUGGAACCAUAAUCCCAAUAGCGGAUGUCAUCCCCCAUCCGGAAUACGACGAUCCUCCCUUCGACAAGGACGUGGCGGUCAUGAAAACCGUGGACCCCAUUACCUUCUCUGACACCAUGCAGCCAAUACCACUUCCGAAGCCUCGGCGACCUAUGAGAGGAGGUACUAAGAUUAUGGUGAGCGGAUGGGGGAGAACCAAGCAAGGUGCAUCUAGCAUUCCUGAGAGGUUGAUGGACGUCGAGAUUCCCGUGGUGUAUUACGCGGCCUGCCUUGCCUCGUACCCGGGGAUUCUGACCGAAAACAUGUGGUGUGGAGGCAACUACUUCUUAGGCGGUCAGGGAACUUGUCAAGGCGACUCCGGUGGCGCUGCGAUCCAAGACGGUAUGGCAGUGGGUAUCGUCUCGUUCGGCCGCGGCUGCGCUCAGCCGCUCUCGCCGAGCGUGUUCGCAAACAUCGCCGCGCCGACAAUACGAAACUUCAUCGAGCAACAUACGGGCCUGUGAAUAGAUUACUCUGAAAGGCCGUCUAGAGCCCGUCUAAGG